AUGGCAGGAGUCAAUCAGAUCCUCAAGAAAUUUAGGGCACUUGCAUGUUCAAGUAGAAGAAAGAGGAGAAGCAACAUACCUAAUUUCCUUCCUAAAGAAAUCAUAUUCAACAUCCUGGUUUUUCUUCCGGCUGAUAUUCUUUACAAUGUGAUGAGAUAUGUUUGUCGAGAGUGGUAUAACAUAAUCAACAACCCUCAUUUCAUCAAUGCACACCUUCAAAAAUCAACAAAAAGCCUCCUUGUCCAAGACAUUAAGAGUCUAAAAGUGAUCGACUUGGUAGAGACAAACAGCAUUGGGAAUGUUUGUGCAAGAAAAAAAUUAAGAUAUGGGUUCUCUAACCCUAUUCUUUCUAGUUGUGAUGGCCUAGUUUUGUUCCGUCACGACGACAAUGACCUUCUAUUCUGUGUUGCAAAUCUCAUAACCAAACAGAUGCUAACCCUCCCUCCCUCAUUCCAACCUAUUGGAAGAAAUUCAUAUUCUACUGUUUCUGCGGUAUUAUACUAUGCUCAUUCUAUCAAGAGAUACAAAGUUGUCCAUGUCUUUUUUGUUAACCACUAUCAAUUCAAGUGUGAAAUAUUAAAUGUGGGUGGUGAAACUAGUUGGAGACUGAUUGAUACUAAUCAUAAUCCAACUAUUAAUCUCUAUUUCCUUGAUCUAAUUGGAGGACGAGGCCGAAAAAUUACUGUACACUGUGCCGGGGGAUAUCUUUAUUGGACUCUUCCUUAUAAAAAAUCUACUUAUCUUCUAGCUAUGAAUGUUGAAGAUGAAACGAUGCACCAGGUUCCAUAUCCGAUGAUCUUCGAGGCAAAAAGGGGUUAUUUCGUAGCGAGGGAAAGCUUUCUGACUUUGAUGAUUGAAGAUAGGAAUUGUUGUUGGGAGGUUCGGGCAUUGACAGAUUUAAAGACGAGAGAGUGGACAAGGCUUUUUAACGUUCACUUCUAUGGUCAAAGAGGCAUGCUUCAUCGUCAUUUGGUUCCUCAUGUCUGGUUAAAAAAUGGAGAGUUGGUAAUCUUUCAAAAUUUAUAUUCAUCGAAAACUUACAUUGUUUACAACAUCAAGACAAGAGAAGUUACUUCGUUUCUAAUGGGAGAAAGGGACAUGGGCUUUGAGUAUCACCACCAUGAGGUUCAUGUCAACAGUUUGGUUUCUUUGAAGGGACGUUAG